AAUUCAACCCUAAAUAGAGCUGCAGCCGGAGCAGAUGAAAAGAAAGUGAGGGUCGGAUCCAUGCAGCAGCAGUCUGGAUGUUGUGAGGUUUGCACCGCCCGGCAACCUCUCAUCCUCCACCUUCUUCCCUACAGAGGUCUCCACCGCCGCCUCUGCACCGCCUGCGUACUGGCGGCGCACCCUGGUUCCUUCUGUCCUAUCUGCUUCGAAGUCUUCCUCAACAACAACCCUCCUCCUCCUCGUCUCCGUCUCCAUUGCUUCAAAUGCCCUUCCAUCGUCCACCUCUCAUGUGAUGUUGCUGCUCCUGCUCCUGCUCAUUACUUGUGCCCUCCCUGUUCCAACCCUAAUUUCACCUUUUUCAACCUUCCUCGCGCUGAACCCGUCCAGAUCAACCUACAUUUGGCUAAACAGUUGCUCGCCGCUGCUUCCAUUGCUUUUGAGUCUAUCAACAAUGCUGCCGUUAUCUCGAGGAUUAACGCUGAGAUUAGGGUCAAAGAAGCUCUGUUCGCUAAGGCUGAAGUUGGCCAAUUUUUAAUGAAUCAUCAUUUAAUGCCCAAACAGAAAAGAUGCUUAUCUCAAUCUUCUGAUGAUGAUAGCUCACGCAAAAUUUGAGCUGAAUUUGGAUCUAACAUGGCACACGAAAGCAUCCUGUACAAACUCAAUAAAUAUGUUGUUUUCAAAGGUAAGAAACCAUUUACUUUUAUUAAACGAUUUGGUCUUCAUGGAGAUGGGACUGUGGAAGACAUUAAUCAACGGAUACGCACAACACAAAAAAUAGUGUGCAUCCUUGUAUUUUGUAUGCCAAGUCUGCUUUCUCUGGCAAACUUGUUGGGAAGACCACAAUUCAGACUGAGAAGGAAAAGGCUGCUCCAGGAACCUCAUACUCUACGAGCUUACUUUCCGAUUGAACUCAUCCUUGUCGCUCAUAUCAUGAAAAUGUUUAUGCAUACAUAUUUGAGAGCCUUUGUCGACGCCAAUUACUUGGACGUAAUAUAAUAAUACAAUCUAAGAAGCCACAGCUUUUCACCAUACACGGCAUGUUUCUUCAGAACUGAUUUUUCAACCUAUAUUACUCUUUUGUAAGAGCUUUUACCUAUAAGAGCAAGAGCCAUCAUUUGCUGGUACAGUUUUUGUCUCC